UUCGAACUUAGUGCCGAGACAAUUCACACGAGGCUAGUUUUCUUUUAUGACGUCUAGUAACAGUAGUAUAAUACUGUGAUCGCGCGGUGAUUGAGUUAAAUCGAACCUGUUGCUGACAUUCUUUUUACACAUAUACUCUGGGAUCGUUCUUACAGUAAAUAAAUUACAAUAAAUAAUUGUGACUCGACGGAAUUGCAUUAUAACAGCCUGCAGCAGUUCUAUCCUUCGAUUUUUAUACCGUAUCGAAUUUUUGUCUUCAUAAAUUUCUUCGCAAUCUUUACCGUUCAAUUCUCUUCGUCAAAACUAUCCGAAGCAGUUCGGGAUGGAUUCUUGGUCUGAUAGCAACGUUUCGUCGAGACUCCGGAUCGGCGAAGACGUGUUCGCGUUGCCUCCGACGCCGCCGACGCCGCCGUCGCUUCACCCGGACGUCCAAGGAAGCCGUUUGCAAAGUAGCUGCGAAGCGUCCUGGCUCUACAAAUGGCCUUGGGACGUCUCGACGGAUCCUGGAGAUAUUUCGGAGGCGAUGGAAUCGGGAUGCUCUCUGGUCUGCAACCAUCAGGGAGGAUUGAGUCCGGCUCGAGAGACAAUCGGGAACAGCCAAAACUACCCGAUGAACAGAUGGGAGGUGCAGCAUUACUCGAACCAGGUUAUAACGUGCGGCACCUUGUCCGCCUCGUCUCAGUGUUCACUGAGCAGGGAAGAAUUGGGUCUCUGUUCUCUGACAGGAGCAGGUGAUUCCUCGGAGGAAGUGUCUUGCGCUAAGUACAACAUCCAGGCGCACCAAACGGUUUUCAGAGCCUGGGAGGUUCCCGAUUUGCAGGCGGGCGCAACCAACGAUUUUCCUGCGGGAAAUACGACCCACGAAGUUUACCAAAAUUUGACCACAACCAGCGACGAGGAGGCUUCUUCCCCGACAACUUCGUCAGAGUUGGAUUGCGAGGCAAGUAAAAGGCUGAGCGGAACCGCGACGGAAAAACCACGCAAGGAAAGAACAGCAUUUACUAAACAACAAGUUCGUCACUUGGAGUACGAAUUCGCGCACAUGAAUUAUCUCACCCGACUUCGGAGAUACGAAAUUGCCGUGGCUUUAGAUUUAACGGAGCGGCAGGUCAAAGUUUGGUUUCAAAACAGACGUAUGAAAUGGAAACGAACGAAAGGGUGCCCCUUAUCUCAGAACCGCGGGAAAAAAUUGUGAUUAAUUCUGACCAGCGGAGUGGAUAUAUAAUAAAAUAUACAAUACAUUACGUAUUUAUAUAAAAUUUGUUUUUAAUUAGAAGAAAUAACUAAAUUGUAAAUAUUAUUCGCUAGCUUACGGUAAAGCGAAUAAAUUUAUCGACAAUAUCAAAGGCUUAUCGAUUUCCGGAGCAUAAAAUAAAUUCUUGAAAUAUUUCUAAAAGAUUUAUUAUCAGGGCCGUGAUAAAUAUGUAUUAAAAAUUACAAGAUAUAAUUAUAUAAUAUACUUGACAAACUAAAAUAUGGAACAUAUAAACUGCAUUUUUUAGCACCAAACUCCAUACUUUAUGUAAAGAAAUAAAUAAGGAAUAAAAUUGAUUUAAAUAACAAAAAUAUAU